GUCUCAACAUAUGCACUAGUGGAAGUGCCACCUCAUGUGAAGAAUGUCUGCUAAUCCACCCAAAAUGUGCCUGGUGCUCCAAGGAGGACUUCGGCAGCCCAAGGGCAGUCACCUCCCGGUGUGACUUGAGAGCAAACCUCAUCCGGAAUGGUUGUGGGGGCGAGAUCGAGAGCCCGGCCAGCAGCACCCACGUCUUGCGGGACCUGCCCCUCAGCAGCAAGGGCUCCAGCUCAGCAGGCUCUGAUGUCAUUCAGAUGGCGCCACAGGAGAUCACCUUGGACCUCCGGCCCGGCGACAAGACUACCUUCCAGCUGCAGGUUCGCCAGGUAGAGGAUUACCCUGUGGACUUGUACUACCUGAUGGACCUCUCCCUGUCCAUGAAAGAUGACUUAGACAACAUCCGGAAUCUGGGGACCAAGCUCGCCGAGGAGAUGAGGAAGCUCACCAGCAACUUCCGACUGGGGUUCGGAUCUUUUGUUGACAAGGACAUCUCUCCUUUCUCCUACACGGCACCACGGUACCAGACCAAUCCAUGCAUUGGUUACAAGUUAUUUCCAAACUGUGUCCCCUCCUUUGGGUUCCGUCACCUGCUGCCUCUCACAGACAGAGUCGACAGCUUCAAUGAGGAAGUUCGGAAACAGAGGGUGUCCCGGAACCGCGAUGCCCCCGAGGGGGGUUUUGAUGCAGUGCUCCAGGCAGCUGUCUGCAAGGAGAAGAUUGGCUGGCGGAAGGAUGCGCUGCACUUGCUGGUGUUCACAACGGAUGACGUGCCCCACAUCGCACUGGAUGGAAAACUGGGGGGCCUGGUGCAGCCGCAUGAUGGCCAGUGCCACCUGAAUGAGGCCAAUGAGUACACUGCGUCCGAUCAGAUGGACUACCCAUCCCUUGCCUUGCUUGGAGAGAAAUUGGCAGAGAACAACAUCAACCUCAUCUUUGCAGUGACGAAAAACCAUUACGCGCUCUAUAAGAAUUUUACAGCCCUGAUACCUGGAACAACAGUAGAGAUUUUGCAUGGAGACUCCAAGAAUAUUAUUCAACUGAUCAUCAAUGCAUACAAUAGUAUUCGGUCCAAAGUGGAGCUGUCCGUCUGGGAUCAGCCUGAGGAUCUUAAUCUCUUCUUCACCGCUACCUGCCAAGAUGGUGUAUCCUACCCUGGUCAGAGGAAGUGUGAGGGCCUGAAAAUCGGGGACACGGCUUCCUUCGAGGUGUCAGUGGAGGCUCGGAGCUGCCCCGGCAGAGCUGUGGAGCACACGUUUGCCCUGCGGCCCGUGGGAUUCCGGGACAGCCUGGAGGUGGGGGUCACCUACAACUGCACGUGCAGCUGCAGCGCAGGGCUGGAGCCCGACAGCGCCAGGUGCAGCGGGAACGGGACUUACAUCUGCGGCCUAUGUGAGUGCAACCCCAGCCACCUAGGCACCAAGUGCGAGUGCCAGGAGGGGGAGAACCACAGCGUGUACCAGAACCUCUGCCGGGAGGCGGAGGGCAAGCCUCUGUGCAGCGGGCGCGGGGAGUGCAGCUGCAACCAGUGCUCCUGCUUUGAGAGCGAGUUCGGGAAGAUCUACGGGCCUUUCUGCGAGUGUGACAACUUCUCCUGUGCCAGGAACAAGGGCGUCCUCUGCUCAGGCCAUGGUGACUGUCACUGUGGAGAGUGCAAGUGCCACGCAGGUUACGUUGGGGACAACUGUAACUGCUCGACAGACAUCAGCACAUGCCGGGCCAAAGACGGCCAGAUCUGCAGCGGCCGUGGGCACUGCGUCUGUGGGCAGUGCCAGUGCACGGAGCCAGGAGCCUUUGGGGAGACAUGCGAGAAGUGCCCAACCUGCCCAGAUGCCUGCAGCACAAAGAGAGAUUGUGUCGAGUGCUUGCUGCGUCACGCGGGGAAGCCUGACAACCAGACCUGCCAGCACCUGUGCAGGGACGAGGUGAUCACUCGGGUGGACGCCAUCGUGAAAGACGACCAGGAGGCCGUGCUUUGUUUCUACAAGACCGCUAAGGACUGCGUCAUGAUGUUCACCUACGCGGAGCUCCCCAGUGGGAAGUCCAACCUGACGGUCCUCAGGGAGCCAGAGUGUGGAAACGCCCCCAACGCCACAACCAUCCUCGUGGCCGUGGUCGGCAGUAUCCUCCUGGUUGGGAUCGCACUCCUGGCCAUCUGGAAGCUGCUUGUCACCAUCCAUGAUCGCAGAGAGUUUGCAAAGUUCCAGAGCUUCGAACCCUCUGUACAGAAAGCCCAUCUCCACACACACUGUGGAUUUCACCUUCAACAAGUUCAACAAGUCCUACAAUGGCACGGUGGACUGCACCGCCUCUCCGAGGGCUGGAGGGGGACUAGUGAAGACGUCAGACUGACAUGCCUGGGACAGCUGCUCGGCUGGGUCUCCGCUCUCGGGAGAGGCGAGCACAGAGGCCCUCCAGUGCGCCUGGGCGAGGGCCCGCACGGGAAGGUACCUGGCCGGGCCACCCGGCUGUGGGUCAGGGUUACACCAGGCCACCUCCCUUCUGAGCCCAGGAAGAGCAAGGGACCUGGUGCUCUCGACCUUCCCCACCACGGCCAGCUGGUUGCCUCAGUGACCUGCUGAGGUCGGAGCCUCCAACCUGACCCGAUGAGAAGGCCGGUGGAAGGGUUAGCGUGUGUAAAACCCACAGACUGGCUUUCUCAUGUGGAUCGUUUUUAUAUGAAAUAAAAAGACCGUGCACUAUGGCGUAGUUCCGAUUACUGAGGAGUGUCUGCCUGGUGUCUGUGCCUUGCACGUGGGUGUUGGUGACGGGAUUGUUGAGGUGCCUGUUGAAGGUACAUCAUUUUCAAAUGUCAGUUUUCCCCUCCUCUCCAUGUUUGUUUAGUACUUUUGUAAUGAAAAGCAAAGAGAUUGGGACUGAAAGUAAAGAUUAAAACAAGA